UUUGUACCUUGUCCUACAGCGUUUGCAAGAAUAUGGCUUCACGGUGAAGCUUGAAAAGUGUCGCUUUUUCAGGUGAAGUAUUUGGGCCAACUUCUGGAUUCUGAAGGCACACGCCCGGACCCAAAUAAGGUGAAAGCAAUCAUAAACAUGCCUCCGCCUCACGAUGUAUCCACACUCCGAUCGUAUUUAGGUGCGAUAAAUUAUUAUGGAAGGUACAUUCGAGAAAUGCGUACACACUACGCCAACCGCUUGAUGAACUGCUAAAAGAGGGUUCCACCUUCCGUUGGUCGGAUGCUUGCCAGCGCUCUUUUGAUCGCUUCAAGGAAAUUCUCCAAUCACCGCUGUUGUUGACGCACUACAAUCCUCGCCUUGAAAUUGUUGUAUCUGCAGAUGCGUCGAAUGUGGGCAUUGGAGCCCGCAUUGCUCAUCGAUUCCCAGACGGACAAGAGAAAGCCAUCUAUCAUGCAUCCCGAAGUCUAACACCAGCCGAAUUCCGCUACAGUCAAAUAGAAAAGGAAGCUCUGGGGUUGGUGUAUGCGGUCACAAAGUUUCAUCGGAUGAUCUACGGAAGGCACUUUGUUCUCCAGACCGACCACAAACCACUAUUAGCGAUUUUCGGGUCAAAGCGUGGUAUACCUCCGUACACAGCGAAUCGCCUUCAAAGGUGGGCUCUCACAAUGCUUCUAUAUGAUUUCCGUAUAGAGUACAUAUCAACAGAUCACUUCGGCCACGCUGACAUCCUCUCACGUCUAUUGAAUUCACAUGUUAAGCCAGACGAGGACUUCAUUAUUGCGUCCAUUGAAGUUGAAACAGUCAUCUGUAACAUUGUAUGUCAAUCCAUCGAGCAACUUCCGGUAUCAUAUAAAAUGAUUGCCGCUGAGACCCGUCAGGAUCGGACACUACAAGAAGUUAUGAAGUUCAUGCAACACGGAUGGCCAAUAGACGUAAAAUCUCUCUCUGGAACUCCGGAGGCUCAUCAGUUCUUUCUGCGCCGAGAAUCGCUCUACUGUGCUCGGGACGUACUAAUGUACAUUAACAGAGUUGUGGUACCGAAAACGUUGCAGCAGAAGGUCAUCCAGCAGCUCCAUAGAGGACAUCCUGGAAUUGAUCGUAUGCGGUCAUUAGCACGCAGUUAUGUUUACUGGCCCAACAUAGAUGAGCAAAUCACCGACCUUGUACGCACUUGCCAGCAAUGUGCCUCGGUUGCGAAAUCCGACCCCAAAACCAAGCUCCAAUCGUGGCCAAUCCCCGAGAAACCAUGGCAAAGAGUACACGUGGAUUUUUCGGGCCCUCUAAACGACACGUACUUUCUGCUUGUGGUUGAUUCUUUUUCUAAAUGGCCGGAAGUGAUUCCAACCAAGCGUAUUACCACCGCCGCAACGAUUGCCAGCCUUCGAAAAAUUUUCGGUAGAUUUGGAAUGCCGGAAGUUUUAGUGACCGAUAACGGAGCGCAACUAACAAGCGACGCUUUCGAAGGAUUCUGUGAGACAAAUGGGAUCAUGCACCUCAAAACAGCGCCGUUUCAUCCUCAGAGCAAUGGACAGGCGGAGCGCUUUGUUGAUACGUUCAAGAGAACCGUGAAGAAAAUCCAAGCGGGAGACUUAGAUGAAGCACUCGACAUUUUUCUCUCCUGCUACCGAUCAACGCCCUGUAAGAGUACACCUGGUGGAAAAUCACCUGCUGAAAUUCUGAUCGGUCGUCCGAUGCGCACGUCUUUGGAACUUCUUCGACCACCGAGCAAGUUUUCCAAUGCAACUAACAGCAACCAAGAUCGCCAGUUCAACAAGAAACAUGGUGCAAAAGACAAGACCCUUGAAGUGCAAGACAAGGUGUAUGCCCAAGUACACCAUGGCAACAACUGGACCUGGUGCGAAGGUGAAAUCGUAGAAUGUAUAGGCAGAGUUAUGUACAACGUAUGGCUUCCAGAGCAGCAACGUCUUAUCCGCUCACACAGUAACCAACUGCGAAAACGUUACAAUGACGACAACGUGGCACCAGGCCACACUGAACCAAAUAUUCCAUUGGACCUCUUGUUAGGAGCUUGGGGUCUAAACCAGUCAAAUGGAUCAACGGUCGCUGCUACAAUAGAACCUCCACAAGCUGAACCCGAAGGUUUCUCUGAAAUGCAACGGGAAUUUCUGCAGGAGCUUUUUGAGCCAACGAACCAACAACGCCGAGCACGAGUUCCGACUAGACCAGUCGACCCUAAUGAAGCGCUUCUGCGUCGGUCAUCAAGACAGCGAAAUGCACCUAUCCGUUACGAACCGUAUCAACUCUACUAA